AUGGUUUCGAAGAUACUAAAAUGUGGUCAAAGAAUUCGGAUUGAGGAUGAUUUCGCAACCAUUAAAUUUGUUGGCCAUAUUCCUCCUUGGGGAGAUGAUGUGAUCGCAUACGGAGUUGAAUGGGAUAAUCCCCAACGCGGAAAGAACGAUGGACAGUUGGAAGGUUUUCGAUAUUUCAUCACCGACGUUGAAGGAGCAGGCUCUUUCAUUAAGGCAUCAAACCACAAGAUUCAAUAUCCCGUGCUGUUUUUAGAAGCUCUUAUGAACCGGUAUGCCAGCGAAGAGAAUGCCCGGUCCUUAACGCACUCAAUAAAGUUUGGACUGAAAACGGUGGAGAAUUACGGGUUUGAGAAAUUGAACACGAUAAUGAAGGAUGUCUCGAGUCUAGCAACUAUCAUGUUGGAUAAGCAGAACAUAGGAUAUUGUUCCGACUUGCCCCAAUUUCCAGGCACGCAACUGUUAGACAUAAGCUUCAACUUAUUGAGUCAAUGGAACGAUGUCGAGCAAAUUCUUCAGCUGUUUUCCAAUUUGCAGAGCUUGAAUCUCAAUGGUAAUAGGUUUUUGACUACUUUUGAAUUAAGAAUCCCCCAUUCUCUUCGUGACUUAUCUUUAGCAGCGAUGCAUCUAAAAGAGGAACAGUUGAAGACCUUGGAUUUUGAUGGUUUGCACAGUUUAUGUUUGGCGGGAAACAAACUCACCGAUAAUCAUUGUAAUCAUCUCAUAUUGGGGAGGAGCUUAUCAAAACUAGAUCUUUCGUUCAACCAGUUACACGCGUUACCUUCUGUUGUUGCAGCCUCUUCGGUGACGGAAUUAAUUUUGGCAGACAACAGAGUCAAUCAUAUAACAGAAAAAGAAACGUAUAUGUCGGUUAAAGUUCUUGAUCUUCGAAAUAAUGAUUUAAGUCUGUGGGAAGAUAUUGACCGUCUAUCCAAAGUGUUCCCGUCACUCGAAGAAAUUCGCAUCGAGAACUGCCCUAUAUUUGCACAACUAUCAAUUGAUGAGGUAAUGGCAAAUCUAAUAGCACGGAUUUCGAAUCCCUUCACAAGCAACAUCCGCAAGAUCAAUGGUAGCUCUAUACUGGAUCAAGAAGUCGAGAAUGCGGAAUUGUAUUUCAUUUCGAAGGUGCGACAAGGUCAUACGGUUAUUACGAACGAAGAACAAUGGGAACGCCUAAUCCACAAGCACCACAUGUCAUUAGAGCGUAUCCAUUCUUCAUUGAACGAUUCUGAUAAGGUUUUGCUUUAUUUAAAAACAGCCAAUAGUUCUGAGAUGGAGGUUUCUUCCCGCGUAUUUCUCAAAAGCAACACUGUCUUGCGACUUAAAGGUGUCAUUUCCCGACAAAUUAAAAAACCAAUUCUUGAAUUUCACAUAUUUGUCUCUGUGGAUGAAAAUCAGUUACAUGAGCCGGAUUUAUUGCGCUAUUUAGUGGAUGACACUGCUACACUUCAAAGUCUAGGCUUACAUAAUGGCCAAAGUAUAUUCAUUACGUGGGAUCUUGCUUGA